AUGCGGAACUGGGUCAAGGAACGGUAUCAACAAGAAAAGGAAGCGCUUGAGAAGACACUGGCAUCGACAGUGUAUACCAAACACCUCUCUUUCGAUACGUGGACCUCCCCCAACUCGCAUGCAUUGCUUGCUAUUGUCGCGCAUUUCAUCGACGCGCAGUUCAACCUUCAAGCGAAGUUGUUGGGCAUGGUCCAACUCCAAGGCUCUCACUCUGGCGAGGCGCAAGCUACCAAGAUCUUGAGCAUCAUACGCGAUUUCGAAAUACAGCCAAUCGGGCAUUUCCAAAGCGACAACGCAUCCUCAAACGACACAUGUAUCGCGGCUAUCCUUACCCACAUCGAGCCUACACUAGCAACCUCUCGGAGCCUCGCCGAAGAGAAGAAGCGCCGCCGAAUUCGCUGUAUCGGGCACAUCGUCAACCUUGCCGCAAAAGCAUGCCUCGAAGCCAGCAAUAAGGAGUGGAAAGAGGGGGAUACACAUGCGCCAGUUGGGAAACUCCACCACAUUGUACACUACAUUCGCCGAAGCCCGCAACGCCGCGAUACCUUUGUCAAGGUUACCCAGUUUAAACAGGCAUCAGCUCCUGCAGUUGGCGACUUCAAUACCCUGUUAGACCUGGCAGCUUCCUUACAACUUGUGGCCGACAACGAAACGCGGUGGAACUCAGUUUUCUUGAUGAUUGAGCGUGCGAUUCGACUCAGGGAGUCUGUCGAUCUCUACUGCAUACAGUCUGUAGCUGAGAAAGAUGGACUAUCCCAGGAAAACAUCCUCACCGCCGAGGAUUGGGUUAUAUUAACAGAGAUUCAGUCAGUGCUGAAGCCAUUCGCAACUGUUACUACGUCGUUUGAGGGCAGCAAAGAGCCGACGUUGCCAGGGGUUCCACCCGCACUAUACUUCCUGCGAAGCAGCUUGCUAGACCACUCUGGCGCGACAGACUCUACAUCAGAGAUGGCACCACCACCAACCCCAUCGCAAAGACCACAACGCCAACAUCGAAUACCGGCACAUCUCAUCGGGUGCGAGCUUGACCUUCCAAGUCAGCGCUCGAUAACGGUAUCGCAAGCAACGACUAUCCAGGCGGAUGUUGAUGAGCCGACAAGGAUACGGAGCAUCCAGAAGGGGAUCAAGUCUGCCCUGACAAAACUCCAAGAAUAUAUCGAUCUCCUUGACGAUUCUCCAGCAUACUGGAUUGCGAUGAUCUUACACCCGGGAUAUCAAACAAGAUGGAUGGAGAAAUACCUCCCUGGAUACAGAGUUGACUACCACAUCGCCAUCUUCAAGCAAUGCUUUCAGGAACAGUACGCCGUAGAGGAGAUUCCAGCUGAUCCUGGGACCAUCAUGGGCGGUAUGGAGUCGCAGGAAGGCCAGGGAAGUAACAGCUUCCUUACCGGUUUCUACUCCCACGACGAAGACGUGAACUAUCACGAAGAUGAGUUUACCGAAUACCUCUCCAGCCGGUCAAAGAAGGUAGUCAAACCGCUCGAAUGGUGGAAUGCUCACGCCCAGCAGUACCCACGGCUGUCAAGGAUGGCAUUUGACUACCUGUCAAUCCCAGCGAUGUCUGCCGAGUGCGAGCGACUGUUUAGUCGCGCCAAACACUGUGAAACAGGGAGUUGUAAAGCGCUGGCGUUUGUGGUCGAGGAUGUGGGUGUCGGCCGAGCCAGGAGGUCAGCUAAGUCCAGGGGAGGGCACCAAGAGGACCAGUUGCCACUUCCUUAG